CAGUGAUAAUGUAACUAUAAAUGACGUGUGAAUCUCAGAGUGAGAGGAUGGUGGUGCCGGAGAGUGGGAGUGGAGCCCAGCAGGCAGACAGUGGCACGGUCCCGGGGUUUGAAGAUGAGCAGGUUGGAGUGGAGCUGGAGGAGGCGAAGUUGCGUGAACUCGUGCGGCGCCUCGAAGUCCAGAACGAAAGCCUACGCAACCGUGGCACCGCGCGUCACCUCGGCACGAAUGCCAACGAAAGAACCCUGUGUGAGGACACCAGCACCAGCUCGGACAGAGACGUCCGGACUCCUCCUUCUCCUCAGGGCAGCUUGAGGAGGAGUGAAGACAUGUCUUGUCUUCCUGAGGCCACGAGGCUGGAGGAUGAAGAGGAGAUGGAACAGAACAGCCCAGUUUUUGAUCUUCCUUGUGCUGCAGCAUCAGGAUAUGCUGAAGAACAGACAAACGCUAGUUCUUCUCCCGAUAGCUACGAUUUGGAGACAAUUGGUGAGAGCGAUGCAGGGGUGGACCAGUCCGCUCUGGACGAGGUGGAUGUGCUCGAUUUGGAUGACUGCGCCGAUAUCGAUGGUGAAGACUGCUGGUUGUAUGUGUCUCCGAAGAAGCGGUUACAGUCGGAACAGGCCCCAGAGUCUCCGCUGAAAUGGUGCCGGAAGGUCCUAGAUCACCCGAGUCCCGAGACCGAGGUUGCCUGCAGGACACUUCUGAGCCGCCUGGAUCAAAGCUCGAGAUGGAGAAACAUGUACAGCAGUCCAUCGCAAACCUGUGCAGGCUCAGCAGCCGAGGCCGGCUCCUCUCAUUCUCCUGGGUACCACAAAUCAACUAACAAAACCCUACUAACCUGUGGCAGCUCAGGUUACAUGAGCAUGCAUUCGGCACUGAGCUCCCAGUCCUCUAUCGACAGUGAGCUGAGCACGUCGGACGAUUCCAUCUCAAUGGGGUACAAGCUGCAGGACCUGACAGAUGUGCAGAUCAUGGCUCGGCUGCAAGAGGAGAGCCUGAGGCAAGACUACGCCUCGAGCUCGGCCUCUGCAUCACGGCGGAGCUCUGCGGCAUCGCUGCACUCCUUGAGGCGAGGCACCUACAGUGAUCAGGAGCUGGACUCCUACAGCUUGGAGGAUGAAGAGGCAGACAGCAUGCCUUACACACACAUUCACCGCCGGCACUCGCCUUCUCCUGGCACCUCGCCUCGCUGUCCAUCACCUGCAGCCGGAACACGCGUGCCCAGGCGUUCCCUUCAGGGCACGGCACCAGAGCUGCUCAAAUUCACCAGGAGUGAAGAGGAGUUAAGACACAGCAUGCCUAACUUGGCCCCACGCACCAGCCUGCGCUCACUGGAGGCAGUGAGAAACAGCCGCAGCAUGGAGGCUAAUCUGCACAGUUCAGGCAGCCGCAUGUCCCGCUUGCCCCAGUCCCCCACAGGUGUGUCUAACACUCGAUUAAGAAGCAGUGGCCAGUCACCGCUCUUGUUGCGGGCUCCUGUGAAAGCUCUCAGCCCUGUGGGCAACAUGGCUGCAGCGCGACAGUCUGCAAGAGUGACCGCUGGAGCUCAGGGACAGAAUCCAGGAGCACGGAGGGUGCAGUCACCAGGGCGUGCCAAUGGAGCUGCUCAGUCCUCAGGCAGGACUGCUAGCACAGGGCCAAAACAAGCAGGGGGCAGAAGCAUGACACCUACUGCUUCAGCUUCGUCAAAAAGCAGACUUGCUCAGACCCCUAGAAGCAGGUCUCUUGGGAUGACAAAAACCUGUGGUCCAAUAACCGACGAUUCCUGGAAGGAUGGCUGUUACUAAAGCUUUUCUUAUUCUCCCUUCCGUACUCCUAGAAAACUUCCAUAAAACACAGCUGCCUUUGAAAACAUCACAUGGACGCUGGACACACCAAGGCCAGAAGCAGCAAGGCGCAAAACUGGAAAGUUUUAUUCCGGCAUGAAUCCCCUCUACCCCAUUGCCACAAUAACCUGAGAAAUGCUAAAGGAAAAUCUUUGAGAAGACUUGAUUUGAAUCAUCGGACUUUAAAAUGGCCUGUUUUAUGUUUUUGUUUUUUUGUGUGUGGUGUUUUUAAAAUGCCAAGCUGCUUUAUUUUUAUGAUAACUGGAGAAGUUGCUGGAAAAAAAGUGCUGUAGUGUAUAAAUGACCUAGAACAUAUGUAUGUAUAUGCUGUUUAAAAAAAUGAGAUUUUGUUAUUAAGUUCUUAGAUCCUUAUUUAGAACAACUGGAUGUUCUCUGUUUGUUCUUCCAGAAAUGAAGGAAAUUAUGUAUGAGCUGUUUCAGUGGAAUUUUAUCCAAUAUACCUUUUGAAGGCACACAAAAACAAAGUCUAUGCAGUCUUCCGUCUUCUCAAAAAGUAACAAAGAAGCUAUAAUAAACUUGAAGUCACUGGAGUCUCCAAAA